AGCAACCUUCCCUUCAAAGUAUCAGACAUACUUGAAUUGUCUCUUCCUUGAACCAAAAUCCGCGCGAAAGAGAUAUUUAAUCCCUUUUUUUUUUAUAUAAACACAAACGCAGAAUCUAAAAAACAACAAGCACUUAAUUAGUACUGAAAAGGGCAGUAGAAAAAUGGGAGGCGGCGGCGGAGCAGCGGCGGCGAUGUUUUGUUCAUUGUUCUUGCUUUUGGCCCAAACGACGCCGUUUUGUGUCGGCGAAAAUGUGACUUACGACCACCGUGGGCUGGUGGUAGGCGGCAAGAGACGAGUUCUGAUUUCCGGCUCCAUUCAUUACAUGCGAAGUACACCUGAAAUGUGGCCAGAUUUGAUGAAGAAAUCAAAGGACGGAGGAUUGGAUGCGAUCCAAACUUUUGUUUUCUGGAAUUUGCACGAACCAAUUCGCGGCCAAUAUGAUUUUGAAGGAAGAAAAGAUUUGGUGAAAUUUGUGAAACUUGCCGGUGAGGCUGGUCUCUUAGUUCAUCUCCGAAUUGGCCCUUAUGCUUGCGCUGAGUGGAAUUAUGGUGGAUUUCCUCUUUGGUUGCAUUUUAUACCCGGAAUCGUACUCCGAACCGAUAACGAGCCCUUCAAGGCCGAAAUGAAGCGUUUUACGACCAAGAUAGUCGACAUGAUGAAGCAAGAGAAUCUAUACGCGUCACAAGGCGGACCAAUUAUAUUAUCCCAGAUCGAAAACGAGUACGGAAAUGUUGAUUCAGCGUACGGGGAAAGUGCCAAAACGUACAUAACAUGGGCUGCGUCGAUGGCUACAUCACUCGAUACAGGGGUGCCAUGGGUAAUGUGCCAGCAAAGCAAUGCUCCUAAUCCCAUUAUCAAUGCUUGCAACGGGUUUUACUGUGACCAAUUUAGCCCUAAUUCUGUUAACAAGCCCAAAAUGUGGACGGAGAAUUGGAGUGGAUGGUUUUCUUCGUUUGGUGAUGCUGUACCGUACAGACCUGUGGAAGACAUUGCUUUCUCGACAGCUCGUUUUUACCAGCUUGGCGGAACUUUCCAGAACUAUUACAUGUAUCACGGUGGGACUAACUUUGGUAGAACUUCCGGUGGACCUUUUAUUACAACGACCUACGAUUACGAUUCUCCGAUCGACGAGUAUGGGCUUCUGAGGCAACCGAAAUGGGGUCACUUGAAAGACGUACACAAGGCUAUAAAGCUUUGCGAAGAGGCUUUGGUGGCAACUGAUCCGAAAACUACUUCUCUCGGUUCCAAUCUGGAGGCCACCGUUUACGAAACCGAAACAGGGCUAUGCUCUGCUUUUCUUGCAAAUGUGGACACAAAAUCCGAUGCAAAUGUUAAAUUCAACGGCAUUUCUUACCACUUACCCGCUUGGUCCGUCAGCAUCUUACCCGACUGCAAGAAUGUAGCACUCAAUACAGCAAAAAUUAGUUCGGUGGGGACCACCUCAAAAUUUGUUCGUACGGAUGAACUUGUCUCGGUGUGGAGUUGGAUUGACGAACCAGUAGGUAUAUCUAGUAGCAGUGCUUUCACGAAACUAGGUUUAUUGGAGCAAAUAAAUACCACUGCCGAUCAAAGUGACUACCUUUGGUAUUCAACGAGCGUUGAAGCAAAAGGGGACCAGCCUCAAACAGUCCUCCACGUGAAUUCUCUUGGCCACGGGAUUUAUGCUUUUGUCAAUGGUGAACUUGCAGGGAGUCGACGAGGAAGCUACAGUAACCCUAAAGUUUCGAUAGAUGUUCCUAUUAACCUCGUACCUGGACAAAACAAGAUCGAUCUCUUGAGUUUAACAGUGGGACUUCAGAAUUAUGGAGCAUACUAUGAUAAAGUCGGGGCUGGAAUUACCGGUCCCGUGCAGUUGAAAAAUUCACAAAAUGGAUCGAUUGCUGAUCUAUCCUUGAAGCAGUGGACUUAUCAGAUUGGUUUGAGAGGAGAAGAAUUAGGAUUGUCGAGUGGAAGUUCUUCUCUUUGGGCAUCACGGCCUACUUUACCGAAGAAUAAACCAUUGAUAUGGUACAAGACCACAUUUGAUGCCCCGAUCGGAACAAGCCCAGUAGCAAUAGACUUUACAGGAAUGGGGAAAGGCGAAGCCUGGAUUAACGGCCAAAGCAUCGGCCGUUAUUGGCCGACAUAUAUCGUUCAAGAUAACGGAUGCAACGACUCGUGCAGUUACAUUGGAUCUUUUAGCCCUAGCAAAUGCAUGACCAAUUGCGGAAAGCCAACUCAGCAAUUCUAUCAUGUUCCUCGUUCUUGGAUAAAAUCGAGUGCGAACACGUUAGUACUUUUCGAGGAAAUGGGAGGUGACCCCACACAGAUAUCGUUUGCCACGAGAGAAACGGGGGGUAGUAUAUAUGCGGUGCAGCAGUGAUCAUGUGGCUAUUGCAUGCAAUUAUUGUACAUAAGGCAUGCAUUGGAGCUGGUGAUUUUAUGGCAAAGAUGCCAUUUUUAAUUUAUUCUUUAAAACAAACUUCUUGUAAUAAUUUGUGACACGUAACGUUAAUUUUACAGAAAUCAAGUUCAUGGUGGUUGCAUUUGUGCAAUAAAUCUAUAAUUUUUCUUUUA